CCCGCUUCAGUUCCCGCAGGCCUCGGGGGCCGCCGGGGCCUGGCUGCGGGUUCCCGGCUGGAGCUCUGGCUCUGCGGCGCGGGCCGGUGGGACGUUGGCGGGAGUGCCCUGCGGGGCGGAGGAAGCGUCCGACCGUCUCCUCCCAAGCCCGCCUCGGGUCACGAUGUCGUCCGGAGCCGGUUCUCGGCGGCCGCGGGAGCCCGCUGAGCAGGAGCUGCAGCGGCGGCGGGAGCAGAAACGGCGGCGGCACGACGCGCAGCAGCUGCAGCAGCUCAAGCACCUGGAGUCCUUUUACGAGAAGCCUCCUCCUGGGUUUAUAAAGGAGGAGGAGACAAAGCCAGAAGACUGUAUUCCAGAUGUGCCAGGCAAUGAACAUGCCAGGGAGUUUCUGGCUCAUGCACCAACUAAAGGACUUUGGAUGCCACUUGGGAGAGAGGUCAAAGUUAUGCAGUGUUGGCGUUGCAAACGGUAUGGCCAUCGAACAGGCGACAAAGAAUGCCCUUUCUUUAUCAAAGGCAACCAGAAGUUAGAACAGUUCCGAGUUGCACAUGAAGAUCCCAUGUAUGAUAUCAUUCGAGAAAAUAAAAGACAUGAAAAGGAUGUAAGGAUCCAGCAGUUAAAAAAGUUACUGGAGGACUCCACCUCAGAUGAAGAUGAGAGCAGCUCCAGUUCCUCAGGCAAAGAGAAACGCAAGAAAAAGAAGAAGAAAGAAAAACACAAGAAAAGGAAGAAGGAGAAGAAAAAGAAGAAGAAACGAAAGCACAAGGCUUCCAAGUCGAGUGAGAGUUCAGACUCAGAGUGACAGCUGACGGCAGAUUCUCAAGUCCCCCCGCCGGCCAAAGAACAGAGCUGCCCCUGAGAGCGGCAGACAGGACUAGGAGGGACACCUGGCACAGCUGCGGAUUCUCGCCACCUCUGGUACCAAGUGACCACCGCAGGGCAGGCGGGCUCCCAGGUGUGGCUGCCAACAGCAUCUGUGUCCUCUUCCCUGAUGGUCACUUGUGUCUGUGAUUGCUUUAGUAGGCCACCUGCAGGGGAGGUGAUGGAGACUUAGGAAACACCCUCGGGUGUUGCCAGCUUUUGCCCUCCAUGGUGUGGCAACUCAGUUCCAUGAACUUCAGGCUUACCCUUGUCUGUGGUUCGGGACAAUAAAAGUUCAUGAUUUAUUUUUUAAAUAUAGUCAUUAUUAAUUCAGACAGGUGGUCCAAGACUAAAAGCUACACACUCCUUUUUUUACCCCCUUUCCAGUUGGCUUAGCAGUUUGCAUAUGAGUUUUUUAGAAAUAUCUCACGCACACCUAGGUACAUGCAUUU